ACCUGUCCUCUGAUCAUAACUUUCCCUUCGAUAAUCAGACCGUUUUCUCUUUAAACACUGUACCAAAACACUAAAAAUUACAAAGUUACACUAAACAAGGACGGCUGUCUGGAGAACUCCUUGCACUGGGCAAGGACAUUUUUCUGUAAGGAAUAGGAUAGAUGAACUAGACCAAGCCCAAAGGAGGAAUGGAGGAUCAGAGCGUGCUAAACCCAAAAAUGGACGAAGGACUUAUCCUGCCCAGGUUUCCUGGUUCAUCAAUUUGUCUCCAAAUGGAAAACAAUCGUUCAAAUGUGAAUCAAAUUUUGGGGAAAAAAAAUCGUUAAUUUUCCAAUAAUGAGAUAAUGGAAAAAAGCCACGCGAAAACGAGACGAAAUCUAAUGUCAUGUUCUUCUUCCUUUUGAAUAUAUACCAUUGACUUUAAUUAGGUUCUUAACAGUCCCUCAUAAAUGUGUGUUCUAACAAAUGGUUACUUCCUACUAUUCGAAAGUGCGCCAACAUUGGACACCAAUGUCCCAAGUGUCCCCCCCUUGGAUCGGCAACGCACGUGCUUCGAUCAAAAUAAUGCCAUUGUACGGUUAAAGUUAUCACCUUGCUGGUGGGCAUUUCACUCAUCAGGCCUUAUCUACCUCGACCAUUCUGUGACCAUGGCUAUGCCCGAGGGCAUCGAGGUACGUGAGAUCAGCCAUGACGUUGGUCGCGGCCUUUUCGCCCAACGAGCCUUUGAGAGCGGUCAAGCCUUGUUCGAAGAGUCGCCGCUCAUCUCGGCCCAAUUUUGCUGGAACGAGGCUUACGGGUACUCCUGUUGUCACUUCUGCAUGACCCCGUUAGAGGAUGCCCAAGAAAAUAUUCAUCGAUUGACCCGUAAUUCCAACUGGGUCGUGCCCCACCCCCAAUGCAAUCCCAAUCGAUUGGAGGAACAUGUCCAAUGUCCGGAUUGCUUGAUCAAGUAUUGCUCCAGUGGGUGCCAAGAGCGCUUGGCNGCCCAAUUUUGCUGGAACGAGGCUUACGGGUACUCCUGUUGUCACUUCUGCAUGACCCCGUUAGAGGAUGCCCAGGAAAAUAUUCAACGAUUGACCCGUAAUUCCAACUGGGUCGUGCCCCACCCCCAAUGCAAUCCCAAUCGAUUGGAGGAGCAUGUCCAAUGUCCGGAUUGCUUGAUCAAGUAUUGCUCCAGUGGGUGCCAAGAGCGCGCUUGGCACCUUUUUCAUAAGAGCCUGUGUCGUGGGAUGGCCGCCCGGGAAGCCAACGAAUCCGAGCCUUGGUCCAAGUUACUCAACGAUUGGCGGGCCAUGCAUUACCCGCCUGAAACCACCUCCAUUACACUCUUGACCCGGAUCUUGGCCUCCAUCCUUCAAUCAAACCAGCCGGACACGCUCAAGGCACAAUAUUUGUCUUUCAUGCACGCCACCGUCAGUUCUGAUGACAAUAUGGCUCAUAAGAUUUUGGGUGAUGGUUUCAGCCAUCAGUUAGAGCAUCUACGGCAAGCUUUGGUGCCGUUGUUCCCCCAACCUGAGGUGGCACAGUUCUUGAGUCUCGAAGGGUUCCGUACUUUAUUCGCUUUGGUGGGCAGGAACGGUCAGGGCGUGGCCACCUCACCUUGGAGUCAUUGGGUGAAAAAUGUGGAGGCAUUGCCCUUAAGUGAUGCGGAAAGAGGCGAUGUCAUGGCAUUCAUUGAUCAAGUGUACGAGGCUUUGGAUGCGGAAUCAGGAUCCUUUCUGGACAAUGAAGGCUCCGGAUUAUUUCUGCUGCAGAGCUUGUGUAACCAUAGCUGCGUGCCCAAUGCCCAGAUCGAGUUUCCGUUCAAUAAUCACGUGCUCAUGGUCAAGGCCAUCCGGCCUAUUCAAGCCGGAGAAGAGAUCUUGAUCUCAUACUUGGAUGAUCAUCAACUGGAACGAAGCCGACACUCGCGGAGAGCCAUUUUGAGCCAAAAUUACUUGUUCUCAUGCUCAUGCCCGAAAUGCCAAUCUCAAGCCGAUGAUCCGGAUGAGACCAGUGAAGAAGAGAUGUCCGAGGACGAACAAUGAUAUGUUUUCCUUGAUGCACUUUUGGACAUUUUGGGCCCCUUGAUUAAACUAUUAGUAUGUU